AUGGAGUCGCAUCGGCCGGCGUCUCAAAGGUUUCCUGCCGGGCUGGCAGGUGUGCUCAACGCGCCAGAGGGGCACCGCGACUCGGCCUACUAUUCGAGCACUGAUCCCGCUAGCAAACACACAUCCGCAGCCUCAGGCAUGGGGAUCCUCACCCCCGCCGGCUCUGGCUUCCACACAUCACCCGUUGACAAGACGCCUUCUCCCACCAGCGCCGGCUCCAAUCUUCUCCCGCGCCCGUUGGUGUCCCCCAUAAACAGCAAUAUGAGCGUGGCCUCGAUGGUCUCUCCCACAACCCCUGGGAGCGCAGACCCCCGCCGAUACGAUCGUCCACAGUCGUUAGAUUCGGCGCCAAACAGUGCCACCUUCGCUGUGAGUGGGGAUAUGCCGGAGGCUCUAUCGCGGAGGGAGAGUGUCGACAGUCGGAUCAACCAGGGCUUCAACGACAUGAGGCUCGGUAACAAUUCACCGUAUGCCAGCCACAACCAGUCCACUGCUUCGUUCCACAACUCGUUUCAACAGCAGAGACCCCCCCGGCCUGGAAUGGAGGGUCUCGCUGGUCACCGCAUUUCCAAUGGAUAUCAGCCGAGUGCUGAGCGCAACCCCGAGGGCCCCAAGACUAUGCGAGUCGCACCCGCCAUUACCGGACCGGCGACAAGCCAAAUCGCCAGGGCCGCCGAGCCGACGAAGGGCCAGGCUUGGGCCUUUCCCGAAGAGGAAAUACAAAGGAUGCCAUCUGUCGCGACCCAAUCUUUGAUCGACUCGAGGAGGAGCAGUAUCGCCGACUCGCUAGCAAGCAGCCAGUACACAACCGAGUCUCGGCUCCCGCUGGGCCAGAGGCGGCUGGACGACGGUCUAGGCGGACUUGAGUUUCAGAGCUUGGCGGGUGCAUCUGGCGAGUUCUCGACGGUCCACCACCAUUCGCUGCAGCACAAGCAGCUUGGAGACCUACAAGACGAGGAACUCGGCCCCAAUUCCGCCUCGCAGCCUUAUAGCCGAACUCCAGAGUUGCGUGUGAGCCACAAGCUAGCCGAGCGGAAGCGACGAACAGAGAUGAAGGAGCUCUUCGAGAACCUUCGGGACAUGAUGCCACAAGAGCGUGGGUCUAAAGCUUCUAAGUGGGAAAUACUGACAAAAGCAAUUUCGGAACACCAGCGGCAGAACGACACCAUCAGGCUCCUCCAGAAUCACGUUUCCCAGCAGCAAACCGAGCUGGACAAACUGAGGCGAGAUGCGGCGGCUUUGCGUGCCGAGAAUGAUCGGAUUCUUCGAUCUGGUUCUUCUCAGAACAUAGGUGACCAUUAUGCCAGCGACCCAUACGGAAGGCCGUCAAGGCCCCCCGAGUUGCCUCCAUUGAGAGCCCUCUCAUCGUCCGCAGCGCCUGCGGCCCCAGAUUCCAUGACGGGUGUGCAGUAUGAGGCUCCGAGGACUAACGGCUUUCGGUCUGAUGCCCCGAGAUAUUAUGGAACUCAGAACCCAUCAUCCGCCGAUCCACAACGCUUCGACCCCGACAACAGAGGAUAA